AUGGUCUACACUACCAGACAAAUUGGUGCUAAGAACACAUUAGAUUACAGAGUUUUCAUCGAACAGGAUGGUAAACCAGUUUCUCCAUUCCAUGACAUUCCAUUAUAUGCUGAUGAAGAAAACCAAAUUUUAAACAUGGUUGUUGAAAUCCCUAGAUGGACUAAUGCUAAAUUAGAAAUCACCAAGGAAGAAGCUCUAAACCCAAUUAUUCAAGACACCAAGAAAGGUAAGUUAAGAUUUGUUAGAAACUGUUUCCCUCAUCACGGUUACAUCCAUAACUAUGGUGCUUUCCCACAAACUUGGGAAGAUCCAAACGAAGCUCAUCCAGAAACUAAAGCUGUUGGUGACAAUGAUCCAGUUGAUGUUUUAGAAAUCGGUGAAACUAUCGCUUACACUGGUCAAGUUAAACAAGUCAAAGUCUUAGGUGUCAUGGCUUUGUUAGAUGAAGGUGAAACUGACUGGAAGGUCAUUGCCAUCGACAUCAAUGAUCCAUUAGCUCCAAAGUUAAACGAUAUUGAAGAUGUUGAAAAAUACUUCCCAGGUUUAUUAAGAGCCACCAAUGAAUGGUUCAGAAUUUACAAAAUCCCAGAUGGUAAGCCAGAAAAUCAAUUCGCUUUCUCAGGUGAAGCUAAGAACAGAAAAUAUGCCAUGGAUAUAAUUAAGGAGACUCAUGAAUCCUGGAAGAAAUUAAUCUCUGGUAACGUUCCAGACACUAAAGGUAUUGACUUAGUUAACACUACUUUAUCUAACACUGCUUCCUUCAGUGCUACUGCUGCUGCUGCUGUUCCAGCUGCUGCCCCAUUAGCUGAUGCUCCAAUUGACAAGUCUAUUGACAAAUGGUUCUUCAUUUCCGGUUCUGCUUAA